AUGCUGGCCGCUGUGGAGAAUUUGAACUGUAUCCUCACGCUCAAUUUCGAAAGUCAAAGUCGUGAGCAACAUGAACUCGAUGAUAUCGAGCAGCGAUAUGAAUCUGUUAAACGAAAUUCGGGAAUUUUACGGCUAAAAGGUGAAGUGGUGAGAGCAGAUUUCCAGGACUUGCAAUUUAUUUCUGAUAUUGGAAAUGGUAGCUGUGGACGUGUCUCUAAGAUGAGCUACAGAGGUCACGUUAUGGCUGUUAAGGACAUGGUUCGAACAUCAAACAAAGAGGAUAACAAACGCAUUAUUAUGGAUUUGGACGUGAUUUCACGUGCAGAAGCGUCUCGUCACAUAGUUUUGUGUUAUGGGUACUUCAUAUCUGAGGUAUUUACAUGUGCACCAUAA